UAAAACAGCUUUCAGAGAGAGACAGAGAGUAAUAGAUACUAGUUUUACAAGCUGACUGUUACAUUUUCAUGUUGUGUUCAGUUUCAAUAGCUGACAAAUAAACAAACAAACUAACGAACCAACCAAGAAACAAGAAACGCCUCUCUGGUCUCCAUGACCACUUGAAAAAUAUUCUUUACACAGCUUUAUUAUUAUUAUUAUUAUUAUUAUUAUUGAACACUUGGACAAAACCGCUAGGAGGCUGGACAGCAGUUGGACAGGCUGUCAACAUUGGACAAUAAGGAAAAGACACCUUUGGAAGGUCAAGUAAUCCAAGAUGGAAACCGGAGUAGGGCAGGUGGAACGCGACACAAACGACGCAUCACUUCCUGUCCAGGAGGAUGCUGGGAGCUGCGAGCCGUCGCCCAAUCAGAAUGAAGCAGGGCAAGAGGCACAGGAAGUAAUGAGGCGCUCUGAGAAGGUGGGCGUGUCCUGUGAGAAGGUGGGCGUGUCCUGUGAGGCGGUGGGCGUGACAGAUGAGAAGGCGGGCGUGUCCUGUGAGGCGGUGGGCGUGUCCGGUGAGAAGCCACUGGGCGUGUCCACAGGACAGCGAAGGAAAGACAGACAGACAGACAGACGCAGCGCUCCUCUCCCCUCCUCCCUCUCCCGCUCUCACACGCUCCCUCGUUCCUGCGCCGGGGGUUCCAGGAGGGCCAUCUCGGCCCGCUUCGAGGAGCGCAGCGCUGAGGCAGGGUCUCCAGCCCCUCCUAAGUUCAAAGUUCAGAGGUCGACGAGUGUGGGGGCGUCUGGUGGAAACUCAGCGAAGCAGGUUUUGCUGCAGUGGUGCCGCUUGAAAACACAGGGGUACCAGAAUGUGGAUAUUCAGAACCUCUCUUCUUCGUGGAGCAGUGGGCUGGCGUUCUGUGCUCUCAUUCACAGCUUCUUUCCAGAUGCCUUCCAAUAUUCAGAGCUGAGACCGGAGCAGAGAGAGCACAACUUCACCCUGGCCUUCGACACGGCAGAGGAGGCUGGCUGCCCCCAGUUGCUCGAGGUUUCUGAUAUGCUGCUCAUGGGAUCUCGUCCGGAUCCUCUCUGCGUGUUCACUUACCUGCAAUCCGUGUGCCAGCGACUGCGCAAGAUAGAACUGCAGAGGAAGAAAGAGAGGGAGGAGAGGGAGAGGGAGGAGGAGAAGGAGAUGUAUACAUAA